UUUGAUUUAAUGACUAAUUUUAGGAUCCUUAAUAUUUCUUCAUCACUGUCUUGCCGCAUCCGGUGUAAAUUGUUAAUUUUCUGGGUAACACAGUCUUCAUUCGGCAUCGGAUAUACCCAUUAUUCCAGGUCAAUGCAAAUAAUAUAUUGUCUACAGAGUGACGCACUGUUUUUGGAUAAUUUCCGACCCGAUCUGUGAUGGAUGACAGACAAACAUCAUUUCCACGGCGGUCACUUAAUUCUUUACAACAUUUCCUUCUUAGGUGACCGUACUUGCUGAUCGGCUUAAAAACAUCACUUGUUAAUGAAAGCAUAGCAUUCACCAACUAUCCUUAUUGUGAUCUGGAUAAUUGAGAAGAGAAAACUGUGGGAAUUGUAGCGACUGUCCUCGAAGAAAACAGUCAAUCUAAACCUCUCCAUCUGAUUUUAUUUCCUGUUUCUUAAUAUUUUAAGAACGCGUUUUCAAAACAUCACAACACGCACUGUGCUGCAGUAUUUUGUAUUGGAAGUGAAUUUUCAACAUUUGGUUAUUUCACAGGGUAGGCCUAUGUUCUCAAAAUCAAAUUAUUUGUUAUCUCAAAAGAUUUUGCGUAAGGAGAAAGACAGGUAGUUCUGGUUGGCGGAAAAUCAAUCUCGAUUUGUAUUGCGCCAAGCGAGGGGGUUAUCGCAUGCGUUAUCGAAGAGCAAAAGUUAAACUUGAAUAAAUGUGUAAAACAAUCUUGGAGACUUCAUUAAUUACCAUUUCGGAAUAAUCCUAUGAUAAAAUAGAUUUUCACUACCCACAAAUGACGUCAUGAAUUGUACGGGAAGCAAGCUACUAUCCGAUAGCAUUGGGCACAACACACACCAUACUCAUUCAGUCGUAGAUGUGGCUACCAUCUCGGAAACAAAAAUAACGUUACAAAAUGCACUUGAAGAACCGAUAGAGACAACUAAUGAUCCCAGAAACAUAACCGAUAAUGGAGAAAAAGCGAAAGAGAAAAGGUAUUAUGUCAAAGUGUUUUGGAAACUCUUAAUCAGUUUGGUUUGUGGCAUUAUCUUUGGAUUUGCUCUGGAGAAAGGAAGAGUGUUUGACCCUCAAAAUAUCCGAGGUCAGUUCAUAUUCACUAAGUUUGUAAUGCUUAAGAUGUUUCUUGCUGCUGGAGCAGUGAGUUUGUUACUUAUGGGACUGAUGUCAGUUCUACCGCCUUCAAAGAAUAUGUUGCAAGAUGUCAGACAGUCUUUGGCUUCAACAUACCAGAGUAAGGGUCUACUGACAACAGUUAUCGGGGGAUUUAUUUUAGGUGCUGGGAUGCAAUUGUCAGGAUCGUGUCCUGGAAUGGUGUUGGUUCAAGUCGGAACAUGGGUCGGUAAUGGUUCUGCAUGUGUGACCUUGGUAGCUGGACUACUUGGUGCAUUUAUAUAUGGGUUUAUUGAGCCUUAUUUAUCAAAGCUGCUCUCGCCAAAGAAAAUGAUGCAGAAAUUUAUGUUGGAUGAUUAUGUACCGUUACCAUUUUCUGUGCUGACAACUUUAUGCGGCAUGGUAAUGGUGGCGAUAGUCAUUGGCUUAGAGUUUGCUUUUCCUUGGCAAGAUGGAGAGCGGGUUAGAAAUGACACUUCGGAUUGUUUUUUGACUGCACUUGCCUGGCCCCCAUACAUAAGCGGUAAGCUAAUUUUUAUUGUCCAACGUUUACUAAAAUGUAUCACAUUGAAAGGACACCAAAUCUGUAUAUCAUUCAAUUCGAUGGCAAAUUUUAUUAUGGAUACAAUCAAUAUCACAACACGGUAGAAGCUUCAUCGUCGUGACCCUGGGUAACUCCCACCACCACAAGGUUACAAGGAUAGACCAGAGCGGGUACUUUCUAGGGCCUGUCCUUACGGUCAUAUCUGCAAACGUCGAAGGUUACUGUGGACACAAUAAGAAGAAUA